CUGGGUGUCUGCAGCGCCGCUGCUCUGCGUUGGUGGUGGCACCGAAACGCCGGGAAAUCAACUCUCUAAGACUCACUUUGGAGUUUUAUAAAGCAGACAUCCUUUAUCGGGCUGGGCAGCGUCAGGGAGCGAUCUCCAUCCAUCGUGUGCGGCCAGAUGCUGCUGGACCAUGGCUGAUCGUGUUGCCAAGCAGAGUGCUAUUUUAAGCAGCUUGUGCAAGAUGACAGAAGACUUCAGAUAUAUUGCGGAUGAGACCUUUCCGAGCUUCUUGGGCCAUUCCUUUAGUACCAAUGCAAGCGUCGCUUUUGAAAAUGUUACAAUUUCCUCAAACCCUGGUUUACCUGUUGCAGCUUCAACUGUUGCCAGGAGCAGAAUGGUCUGUGACAACAGGCUUUCUGAUGCCUGUGCAUCCUAUUUGGAAGAGAAACUUUCACCUCCAUUAGGAUCUGCUCACAGGAGUCAGUCAAAUCCUGAGCCGAUGGAGACAUUUGCCCUCAGCUUUCAUGAUGACCUGGAAGUUGCUUCACGAGUUGAAGAACCUCAGCCAGCUUCUGUUGAUUUGAAAGAAUCCCACUCAAUAUGUGGAGAACAGGAUCAGAAUGUCGUUGAACAUUCAAAUCACAGUCAAGAUACCUUACUUGAGGUAUUGCCACUUGAACGAUUGGAAGGUUUGUCAACUGGAAUAUGUUUUCUUCCAGACAGCAAGAAUAACAAGCAGGCAAAGUCCAUUGAAACUAGAAUGUUUGGCGUUGGUCCAUCUGAACAUUCUGAAAAGCUGAUAGAAACUGAAAUCCCGAGCGAUCAUUUUAGCAGUAGCCUUGUGAGUUUUUUGGAAAAUGAAAAACUCUCAUCUCUUGCAAGCUCAAAGGAAGAUUUCACUGAUGAUGAUAUUGAUGAUGAUAUUGAUGAUGAAGAGUUCUUUGGUAACCAACUAGAAGGCUAUUUUGAGCAGCUUAUACAACCAGAAAUGGUAAGAGGAGAUGCCGACAUACUGAAACUGUCAGAACGCUGUACAGCACUGAAGCUUUCUGAAAAAGGCUUGUUUCAGGAGAACUUUCAGGUUCCUGACACUUGUAAGGCUGUGACAGGAGUAGACUCUGGAAAUGCUAGUGAUGAAGAUUCAAAAAAUCAAGGGAUAACUGGACGUCCUGUGCUGCCCAGAGCAGUACUGCAACAGAAUUCCAUGGCUGCUGGAGAUGCACUAAAUUCCUGUGCUGCUGCUGACUUGCAAUUGGAUUCACCGCAUCUUCAGUGUGUGGACAGCCAUAAAGGUGAUAACUUGGAUGUCCUUCCAAAGCAAGAAAUACAGUCCUCUGAGUUUCAGGUGGCUGCUUCUGAUGCAGAAGUACUACCCACAGCAAGAGGAUUUGUGGGGCACUACACCACUCCUGAAGUUCUUAGUGCAAAAGCACCUCAGACAGAUGCAACUGAACGUGAAGUUGGGUUGGCUGAUACUUACCUGUCUCCAUCUGCAGACAGCUGUGACACCAUGAGUUUAGCUACAGCAAACAGAGGUGAUCUUCCACACAGUGUUGUCUACCAAGAUGAAGAGGGCAAAUGGGUGACUGAUCUUGCCUAUUAUACUUCAUUUGAUGAAGAACAAGAUAAAAAUAUGUCUGAAGGUGAUAAAAUAAAUGAGGAGUUCAUUACUGGAUCUGAAGCAGCAGCUAUGAUUGCACAAGACCAGGAAGAAUUUGAGAAAGUGCACAAACUUGUGCAGGUGGGAAAAGUAGACGUUCUAAAUGCUUCUGAAUUAGCAGAUGCUUCAUGGAAAUCUCCCAAUAGCUGCAUUCUGCUGAGAACAUCUGGUCUUGAUAAAGAUGCCAGUUAUUUACGUUUGUCUUUGGGGGAGUUCUUUGGCCAGCGAUCUGAAGCUCUUGGUUGUCUUGGUGGAGGCAGUGAUGUGAAACGGCCAUCUUUUGGUUAUUUUAUUACCUCUCCGAAGAAAAAGCAACCUGUUGCUCUGCUAAGGACAUCUGUUUCAUCAGGAGGUGAUGCCAGCCAAGAGAUUUCACAAUUGUCUGGAGUAUUUCCAGAUGACUUAGAAGCACAAAUACAAGAUGAUGCAAAUUCUACUGUCUGUGGAGGUGCAUGGCAUAGGGUGGAUGCUACAGCUGGAAUACAUAAAAGCGUUAAUAUAGAAAAUGGUAUUAAUAUAGAAGAUGCUACCAAAAGUCAAGCAAAGGAUGAAGUUCAUAAAGACAAGUUUGAAGACGGCCUAGCUGAUCAUUUUGACACUGUUCUGAGUAUUAGCACAAUUGCUUCUGCUAUUUCUAAUGCUUCCUCCAGUGCUGAUGCUUCCCAGCUAGCUGCUAUGAUGAUGGCACUAUCUAAUAAAAGUAAAAGAACAUGUGUGGUUCCUGGAAUUGUUAAAGAGACUGAACUCUCUGCUAAUCGGGUAUUUUCCAGCAGUGUGGAACAUAGUGCAUUUGAUAUGGAAAAAUAUCUCAAAAAAACAGAUGAGAUUGGACAUGAAAGUGAAUACGAGAGUACUGUGAAACCUGAAGCAUCUACCCAGAACCUUAUGCCUGAUACCUUUUUACUGGGUAAAGAUAGUCUUGCAGAAGGCUUGACGAAUAGUCAUAGAAAGCAGCAGGAAACAGAGAAACCAUUUCUGGAUUAUUUUAAUGAAAAAAGUAUUCAGAAUUUCUCUAGUCUAUCUGGUGUACCUAACCAUGGAGAAAUAACUGCAGAUAGAGUUAAAUAUUCAGAAAAGUUGUCAGACUUAGUAAAUAGUAAACGGGUGUGGUCAGUGGAUGCGGAUCUUGGAUCAGGUAUGCUUGAUACCCAGUCCUCACCUUCUGGAAAUGAAGCACAGACAUGUGCUUUAGCAGCACAAAUGGAAGUGGUGCAGACAAGUCCGCUUGUUUACCAGACCAGUGACGUCCCUAGUACAUGUUCUGUCAGGGAAGACGCAGAAACAGUAGAUCAACCAACAAAAGCUAUUCCUGAACCAUGUAAUGAGUUGGUGGAAAGAAGUGCAGGAAAUACUUUGUCACUCAGCAACUUAAAACCUGCCAAACAAUCUGGUAAAUAUGUCUCGGUAUGUCCUACAAAAGCAAAGCCUACCCAGCAAUUGAACAACGAUGAAAAGAAGCAAAAUUUGAAAACAGAGAAGAAAAACAAAGAUGCUGGUACUGCUUGCAGUGGGAAUGCGAAAUGUGGAACUUCUGAGAAGCUCUCCUCUGCUUCCCAGAACAGUACUGAGCACAAACCCAUUCAACCUGAAUGUGACUUGCAGCCUCUAGAGGAUGAGCAGUAUAGCUUCAGACCUUCAACUUCACCACUGAUCCACUCUUCUCCCAGCGAGACUUCUGGAACAGCAUUUUCAGGGUCUGAAACUGACUUUACUUGCACAUCACGUUAUCAGGAGUCUUCUUGCAAAGAGAGCGUGCUACCUCAGUCAGUUUACUCAAGUCCUAGCAUGAGCAGAUUAACAUAUGUCUCUGCAUCUGACGUUACCCUUAAGAACAAGUCUGCAAAACAUAGCUCCGAGACAUACUGGAGUGAAGAUGCUAGUGAACUGAGCACAACAAUAAUUCGCGCCAGCCCAACUCCUGCCCAGGAACAUACAAAUGAAAAUGUAGAGGACCACUCAUGUCAGAGAAAUAGAAAAGAAGCACUACUUAGUAUAGACAAGAAAUCAGAAGAAAAUGAACACGAAGGUGUUAAAAGAAAGCUUGAUGACGUGCUGCGUCAAGAAGUGUCCAAAGAUUUUCUGAAGAAUGAAAAGCAGCUUGCAUCUAUCCCUUCAAACACAGCAGCAAAUUGUGGAGAGCUGGACCACAUUCCAUCAGCUUUACCAAGCAAAUUCUGCACCUUGCAGCCACUUCCUGUUAAUGUUGAUGCACAAGAAAUGUGGCAGGAUCAAACAAGCAAAGCACAGAGACGAGGGCUGCCAUCCUUGAAUAGACUACCCAUUUAUCCUGGAUUAAGCAGUUAUAUGCCAUUCAAUCAAAACUCAUCUGGCGAACAAUACAUUCCGAUUUCAAGCUUUAAAUCCCAUGUCACUACCUCUGAGAGUCAAGCAAUUUCUUCUUCUGUUCCCACGUUGCUUACAGGAUGUUCUCGAGCAACAACUCCAUUUGCACAACAGCACCUGGGACAUAAACAGUCUACUGGAAAUACAGUUUUGCCUCCAUUUCAUGGCUGCAGCUCUGCAGGUUUUGGUCUUCCAGCAGGGCUUCCUUGUUCUGGUAUCCCUGCAGGACAUGUUGAGAAUCCACUUAUGGCAGGAAUUCCUUUAGGUUCAGAUAUUGGUCAUGGCUCUUGGAGUGCAGCUCCGUUUUGUAAUCCACACUCUGCUGCUUGGAACAAGGAUAUCUUAAAUAUAAAAUCAUGCACUGGACAACCUCUUGGAGCUGGUAGAAGCGAGUGGGAGUUGGCAAAGUCACCUGGUAUUGGACAUGUAAAAGUACCAGAAGAAUUGAAGUUCCCUAAUGCCUGUUGCGUGGGAAUUGCAUCACCGGCAAUUCUUAGUGUUUUUAAUCCAACUGAACGAUGGUUGCAGGUCAGCAUUGGAAUACUCAGUGUUUCAGUUAAUGGGGAAAAGAUGGAUCCUGUGAAAUAUCAAUGUCUGGUUUUCAAGAACAAAACCAUCGUAGGACCCUAUUCUACCAAUGAUCUGAAAAUACUUUUCCUACCCUGCCAUUCGGGGAUCUUUCAAUGUAUUCUCAAUGUUUCAUCUUGGCCGGUUUCUGCAGAUGAUGAGACAAUUGUUCAGGCGGAAGCUUUGGCAAGUAGAGUAGUUCUGACAGCAGUUGCUGAAAAUCCUAAUUUAGAAGUGGAAACAGGAAAAAGAGAUUAUCUGGAUUUUGGUGACUUGACUUCUGGCAGUUGGAAGGCUCUUCCACUAAAACUUAUCAACAAAACCCAUGCUUUUGUGCCAAUUAGACUUAUUAUUAAUGCUAACGCAGUAGCUUGGCGUUGCUUCACGUUCUCCAAGGAACCAGUUAAUCUUCCUAGUGAACAAUCACUUCAAAUGGAUGCUGUUUCUCAGAUAGCAGCUCCAUCGGUUGUAAAUCAUGUGAUACACGCGAGCUAUGAUGGGCAAGAUCCUGAAGCUUUAACAGUUUGGGUUCUGUUCCAUGCACCUAAGAAACAAAUUUCUUCUUCAGAUUCCUUGGGUCCAGCAGAUGAAUACUUGGCAAGAGUUGAUGUGGAAGUGGAUAGUGCAGGACCUAGCAGUGUAAUUAAAAGUAUUCCUCUCCGAGCAAGAGCUGGAACAGCAAGGAUACAUGCUCCAAAGGACUUGCAGACAAUAUGUAUGUCUACCAGAGUGGGUUCAACAGCCAAACAGGAGCUGCCAUUGAAAAAUGCUGGCAACAUCGAUGUACAUUUGAAAAUUAAGACAUCAAAUCAGGACAGCUGCUUUUCUGUUCAACCUGAGGAUCUUUUCCUUCUUCCUGGAGAAGAACGAGAAGUGACUGUACUGUUUUUUCCAAAAAACAUAACGGCAACAGCAAGUACUUUGAAAAUCCUUGUCCUUCCGUCUGGGCCUCAGUAUGAAGUGGUAAUAAAAGGUGAGGUGGAAUCUGAGGAGAACAGACCUGUGUCUACAGCUCCUGCCUGCUCAGACAUCCCACCCAUUCUCUCCAACAAGCAGUUCAUUGCCUGGGGAGGAGUAACACUUGGAGCGUCAGUCCAGCAGAAAUUAACUCUAAGAAAUGACUCUCCAUCUGUGACCCAGCAUUUAAGACUGUUGAUAAGAGGCCAGGAUCGAGACUGCUUUCAGCUGCAGAGUAUAUUUGGAUCAGAAGAACGCUUAACUAGUAAUUGGGAACUCAAAAUCCGUCCCAAAGAAGAUACUAAUAUAUACUUGAUAUUUGCACCAACUCGAAUAACUUGCUUCUUUGCAAAGCUGGAAAUCAAACAGCUGGGGAUUCGAUCACAGCCAGGAAUUAAGUUUACUAUACCGCUCUCUGGAUAUGGAGGAAAAAGCAAUAUAACUUUAGAAAAUAUUGAACAACUGUCAGGUGGUUACACGGUAACACUGGAUGGAUUGUUGCCUGCAGGAUCAAGGAAAGCUUCCUUCCGCAUAAGAAAUACAGGUUCUCGGGCUGCCUAUGUUAGAGCACUAUGCUUUGCAGACACACAGACGAAAACAAUUAUGGAUCCUCGGGUAAUGAUGGUAUCUCCAGAAAAGUUUGUACUGAGAGAGGGAACACACGAAGUGAUUACUGUGACAUGGUCUCCAAUAGAAAAGGAAAAGAACUUGCAUAAAGUAAACACUUUAUUAUCAACGGUAUAUUUUUUUUGUGGAGAUGAGAUUUCUAGGCAGCACUAUCGUAGAGCUAUGAUGCAUAAACCUGAGGUAGAAAAACACAUAAUCUCUGAAGACAGCUUAUUGAGAAACGUUGUAUUUGAUGAAGAAUUUCAAGGGGAACAGCUUGUGACAGAAGUAUGUGAUAUCCCACGGGGGACAAAUGAUAUCCACCUCUUCUAUGCAAAUAUGCAUAAGGUUAUCCUUUCUGUGACUGGAUGUUCCACUUCUGAUCGGGAUGGGUCUCAACAGUCGCCUGAGGAUCAUUUGGAAUCUAACAGAUUUGAGAACUCUGUCAGACAUAUCAAUGCAAGUUUGGAUGUUCUUCCUGUUAAAGGACCUCAGGGUCCUCCGUUACCUGUAAAAACUGAUGAUCUGGUUCAGAAUGAUUCAGUCACUCAAGAGACUUGGGCUGUUACACCUGAAUUCUUGACUUUGACAUCUCCUUCUGUUAGUGGAACAGCAGAUACUGGACACGUACAAAUUGUCAACAAUUCUAGUAGGAUGUUGGCGUUUGAGCUUUCAUGGCCAGCUCACUGCCUUACUAUAACCCCACAACAUGGUGUUAUUGAACCAAAGAGCAGUACACUAGUUCUGGUCAGCCCUAGUCCGUCACUUGCCACAAAGCCUUCACUGAUUCCUUGGAGUGGUCUGAUCUAUAUCACUUGUGAUAAUGGGCAAAAGUUUAUUAAAGUGCAGGUUCGAGAGACAGUCGCACAGAGUGUGUCUGGAGCACACUUUCCGUCUAGAAGACAUGGUAUAUUUGCUCCACAGUCUGAAAAUCCUACUGUUCAUGUGGCAAAACCUGUCUCAGUGCUCCCUCUAACAGGAAUGGAAAUAAAGAACAGAAUAAUUGUUUUUCCUAAAACAAGACCUGGCCAAAGCUCAGAGAGUUACGUGGAAAUGGAGAAUAAAGGGGAUGAAAAUGUGAAGUGGCAUUUGUCAUCUUUUGCACCACCCUAUGUUAAAGAUGUGGAUGGAACUGGUGGUGUUUAUAGGGUUACUUACACCGCUUUCAGAUGUUCCCGUGUUUCUGGUACUCUUGAAGCUCAUGGAGAAGAUAAGGUUGCUGUAAUAUUUUUACCUAGAGAUAAAGGGGAUUACUCCCAGUUUUGGGACCUUGAAUGUCACCCAGUUGAAAAACCUAGUCGGAAACACAAAUUAAGAUUUCAGCUUUCUGGAACAGGUACUAAACCAGAAAAUGAAACUUCAAUUGUGAAAGCUUCUGCAAGUGACCUCACUAAAACUGAGCCUCCAUUUAAGCAAGAAAUGAAGGUUGACACUGAAGCACCUACAGUUAGAGCUGGAGGAAAUGAGAUAACUCGAGGGAUAUAUGCACCAGAAAACCUGUACACUUUUCCUCCAACUAGAGUUGGGGAAUCAUGCACAUUAAAAGUCAACUUGCGAAAUAAUUCAUUUGCAACACAUUUGCUAAAAUUUCUAAGUCCCCGAGAGCCUUUCUACAUCAAACACUCAAAAUACUUUCUAAGAUCCCAUCACUACAUCAAUGUGCCAGUGCAGUUCAAGCCAAAGGCAGAAGGAACAUUUGAAGAUCUCUUCAUUGUGCUCACGGCCAGAUAUGGCUUGGUUAAUAUUCGACUAUGUGGUAAAGCUAUAGCAUAAAAAUAGUCAGAAUGGUUUUAUAACUGUUUGUAAUCAUUUAUAACAUUUUAUGCCUUUAAAAAUAUUCAAAGAUUUGUUACUAUGUUUCCGUACUAAUGACCUACUUGUUUUGCCCUUUGAUGCUGCUUUGAUAGAAAGUUUUCUGUAAGAUAAAUUAUGGUGCUUGUUUUACAAAUCUGUUUUCGUAGUAAAAACACAGAGAAAUAAUGUUGUAUGUUUUAAAGUUAUGUUCUUAUUUAAUGUUUCUGCACUUUUGUUGGGAAAGGAAGUUUCUAUUUUUGCAUUUAUUAGGAACAGCUAGAUACUGGUAUAUUUUAUUUUAGCAUUGUAAAUACAGAAAUAAAAUCU